AUGGCCACAGAACACACCAGACUGUUUGCUUCAUUUCUUCCAGUGCUGUCAGGGUGGAGGCAACAAGAACCACCUGGCCUGGCAACGCGGGACUCGUGUCCGCUGGACUUUGUGGCUCUGAACCGUAACGCGGCGAAAUCUGGUGUCACCACGGCCAAAGAGCUGCACCGCUACCGAGCCCUGAGGCCGCCCUCCGCGUCCCAGCCAAUCAGGAGGAAGCAGCAGAAGAGCCAGCCAAAAAGCCAGCCGAAGAGCCAGCCGAGUACGGACAACACCUACGGGGUCAAGAGCAGAGCCGAUCCUCCCAUGGAGCUGCUCCUGGCCCACGAGUACGGACACGACUGGAUCACAGAGCAACGGCAGAAGAUCCAGACUGAGAGCCAGAGACGGAGCGCGACAUGGCGUCCCAUCGUUGACACCAGGACGACUCUGCUGCGGAAAACCCAGAUUCUGCCUCAGAACCAGACUCAGCCCUUACCCAGGAUGAGCAGAUACAGCAAGGUGGGAGCUGCUCUGGACACAUUUAGAGACCCCGACUCCAGGAGCCGGGCUCUGAAGGCCCUGAAGAGGGACGCGGGUCAGUAA